AUGAGUCCCACGGCCUCUCAGACUGAAAUCCAGGUCUGUGUGGAGCUGAGGGAGCUCAAGGCCAAUCGGGAGGAUGUUCCAGAACGGGUCAACCCCCAGGACAAGUUCCAGAAGAGGCUCUAUGUGCCCAACACAACGACCCUGAGGAUUGACAAGCUGACCCUCGAGGACAGCGCCUUCAGCACUGCAGUCAGGAGCUCUGGAGCCCACGGAUCUGGAGUGGAGGAUUCCAGAAACCAAGUGUCCCUGAAGGGGACUCAAGGAGCUUCUGUGGUGUUUCAUGUGACCAGACGUCCAGAAGUACCUCCUGAAGCCAAGCUGGAGACGAUUUCUUGGGCCGUUAAAAAUGAGUCAAACUACAUAGUCCUCCUGCACGUCUUUCCUGGGGUGGAUGUUCCAGAAUGGGUCAACCCCCAGGACAAGUUCAAGGAGAGGCUCCGUGUGCUCAACACAACGACCCUGAGGAUUGACAAGCUGACCCUCGAGGACAGUGGGUGGUACCGGGCUCGAUGCUCCUUCAGCACAGGGAUAGAAAAUGCCCAGUAUUUCCACCUCAGUGUCUACGAGCCCGUGCCCCGUCCCCAGGUCCUGGCCAAGAUACUGUCCCUCACACGAGACUGGUGCAACGUCACCCUGGAGUGCCACACCCCGGGAGCCACAGGGGCCGUGAACGUGUCCUGGGAGAGCAAGGGCCUCCCCAGGGAGCUGGAGCAGAGAGGGGCCCCAGGACAAGCCACCAACCCCUGGACCCUGGCUCUGAACCUGCCCCUGAGCCAGCCCAGCCCCAGGGUCACCUGUGUGGUCAGCAGCCCGGUGGACCAGAAAACUGCCACCCGGGACCUCGGGGAAGUGUGUGUCCACGCUCCCUCCCCUGCAUUUUGCUGCUCAGGGAAUGUCACUGCAGGAGGCUGGUGCAGGGUCGCAGGAGAAGCCCAGGGACCAUGAGUGUGGCAUCCACGAAGCCAUACAGGUGUCUCGGGACAGCAGGGACAAGGGAUUGCAGGAUCCACAUCGAGAACAGGAGAGGCCCAUCAGCACUGUCUACACUGAGGUCCACAUGCCAGGCCUGUUCAAGAUGGAGAUUUAAUUGGAAGAAGCAGGGAAUCCAGCCUCUGGUGACACCUCUGAUGUGUGUGUGAAGCCUGCACCCUGGUCCCGCCCCUCCCGCCGACUGCUCUGAGCAGGGAUGGAUUUAGCUGACUUUGGUCAGUCUCUCUGCAAACUCCUUAUGCACAAGAUUACCAGAGGACACACGUCAUGGUAGAUCGAGGGGGGGAACUGGGUAUGCAAAUCUAUGCAAACCUGUGUCCA